UCUCACCUUCACCAUGACCCCAUCUGGGGUAGCAGAAUUGCCGGCCCUCUCUCUUUAGUGGGGCGUAGGCAUUUUCCUCCUUUGGAAGAGAAGACCGACCCAAAACCCUCCCGUCCCCCGAUCCCCGAGCCGUCUCUGUUCUCAUCAUCAGGGUUUCUUAUAUCUUCGUUUUGAAUCGGCUGUUUUGUUCCAGCUUCCAUGGAAGGGAACAAAGAUGAUGCGAUCAAGUGCCUCAAAAUCGGGAAGGACGCCCUCGACGUCGGGGAUCGGGCCCGUGCCCUGAAAUUCCUCACCAAGGCUCGCCGUCUCGACCCUAGCUUGCCCGUCGACGAUCUCCUCUCCAAACUUGAUCAGGGACCCGGUGCUAAGCCUGAGGCGAAUUCCAACCCCCCGCCGCCGUCGGAUCAACCCUCUAUCCGGCACCGUGCUCAAUCGAACGGUCCAUCUUCGUCUUCGUCCUCCUCGACGGCGUACACUGAGGAGCAGAUCACGAUUGUGAGGCAAAUUAAGAAGAAGAAGGAUUACUACGAGAUAUUGGGGCUGGAGAAGAGCUGCGCGGAGGAGGAUGUGAAGAAGGCUUACAGGAAGCUGUCACUGAAGGUUCACCCCGAUAAGAACAAGGCCCCCGGGGCAGAGGAAGCCUUCAAGGCUGUCUCUAGGGCUUUCCAGUGCCUGAGCAACAAUGAGAGCCGUAAAAAAUACGACCUUACUGGCUCAGAAGAUCCCGUUUAUGAGCAGCGUGCUGCGAGACGGGGCCCUGCACAAGGGUUCAAUGGGUUUUAUGAAGCUGAUUUUGAUGCGGAUGAGAUAUUUAGGAACUUCUUCUUUGGGGGGAUGCACCCUGCCACUACCCAAUAUCGAACAUACUCUUUCGGGACGGGGAUGGGGCAGAGGAAUGGGGAUAAUGGGUCUGGUGGGUUCAAUUUGAGGAUGCUUAUUCAGUUGCUCCCUGUGCUCUUGAUUCUGCUGCUGAAUUUCCUACCCUCUUCAGAGCCGGUUUAUGCUUUGUCACGAUCUUAUCCUUAUGAGUACAAGUUCACGACUCAAAAGGGGGUAAAUUAUUAUGUCAAGUCCAGAAAGUUUGAGCAGGAUUAUCCCCCGGGUAGUAUGGAGAGAGUGGGGCUCGAAGGGAAGAUUGAGAGGGAUUAUGUCUCGAUACUUGCACAGAAUUGUAGGUACGAGAUCCAGAGGCGGCAGUGGGGUUUUGUGACGGAAACUCCACACUGCGAUAUGUUGCGGCAGUUUGAGGCAGCAGCCUGACGAGAUGAGAUGAGGUUCCCUUAUGAGUUCUAAUCGUUCAUUAUUCUUCCCGAUGAAGACCACUUGGGCUCCAACAUGUGCAGGAGGGCAGUGAUACUGAUGUUUCUUACGGGAUCUGGAACUUAUCUUUAGCUCCUUUUAGCUUCUCACAUGCGACAAGCUUGUGAAGAUACAUAUAUAAGCCUGUUCAUUUCUAGAAUUACUUGUGUCCAAUUAUAGCUCUUGAUACCUAAUGGAAUUUGUGUGCAACGCCGGUGCAUCCACAAACAAUUUUAACUAGGAGGAUACAUUUGUUACUCUCUCCUUCUGAUGGUUCCAUGCCUGGUAUUUAUAGAUAUGCAAUCGGGCUUCCUUACUUCCAA